UUUUCUACUUGUUUUUUUAUGACAUGCGCAAAAAAGCAGUGUGCGAACGUGCGAAUCAUCGAAUGCAGUUUAAAACUAGUUUCAAUGUCAACUUAAAUUGAAACAGCGAUUUGCCGUGUCACGCGUGUGGAGCCAGUGACAAAAUGUGCGAGUUACGGUAAAAAAUUGUCAUCACCGUUGGAACCUGCUACGAAGUAUCAUAUAUUUCAUUCUAUAUACAACUAGCCAUGGAUGAAGAGAAGUAUGCAGACAUCUUGGAGGAGCAUAGGUUCACACUGGUCAGCAAGAUUAAGUCUGAGGUUUUCCUCGAUUACAUGAGGUGUCACCAGUUUCUCGACCAAGAAGACUGCGAAACAAUUCGCAAUAAUUACAUCUACCAAACAAGACGACAAAAAGCAGGGGCUUUUAUUGACAUCCUGCUGACAAAAGGACCAGAUGCAUUCAAGGUGUUUGUGGACCUGCUUCAGUGGGAGUAUCCACAUGUCUAUCAGAAAAUCUUCAACGUUCGAGCAAAAGCACCACCUCCAGGCUACAAUCGACACAGUGAUGGGCGACUUUCCCAGGCACUGCACGACUUUGUGAACAUGGGAUUCCGAGAGCGAGAUCUCAUGGAACAAAACGACAGACUUCAGAAUGUGCUCGAGUAUGCACAAAAAGAACUGAGGGACCUUGAGAGGGAAAAUUUAGUACUUCGAGAGAAGGAAAUGGUGGUGCGACAACUUGAGGAAAAGCUGGAUGAUUCUCAAACUCAAGUUCGAAAUCUCAAGGAGGAAAACAGAGGUUUCAUGAAAAAGAAUAUCCAGCUACUUGAGGAGAUUGACGGUCUGAACAAGAAGAUGCAGGCGAUCGACAAGGAACACGAAUCUCUGCUCAAGACAGUUGGAGUGAAAGAUGUCGAGAUACAGAGAAUGAAGGAAUCAAAGGAUCAGCUUAAAGAGAGUGUUGAACAGGCGCGAAGAGAAUCUCAGAGAAUCGUUCGACUUGCAACAUUGAAAGAUCGCAGCACACGGAAAGUAGAAACAUCUUCUUCUGAUAAAAAUCGGCACGUGGUCGCCCAGCUGGAGAUACUGCGGUGUGACCUGGAGGCGGAGAGAACGAAGAAUGAGGAACUCUGUCAGGAGCUCAGCUGUGUCCAGAAUGACCUUUUCACAGAGAGGCGCAAAAUAGAAACUCUGAACAAUGAGAUGCUGAAAGUGCAGAGAGACCGAGACCAGCAUCAGCUUUGGCUGAUACACGCCGAGCGCAAGAUAGCCCAGUACUUCAACAACAUCCAAGAACUGGAGAGGGAGAAGAAGAAGUCUGAGGAGGAGAAGAUCGUGCUGCAGACCAAGUCCUGGGACGUUCUCGAGCAGAAGCAGCGACUGUUUGCCCAGAAACACGAGAUGGAGAGACGCUUCGACAAACUGCAGCAGAACUAUGAGAAACUCAAACUCAAAUUCGACUUCAACCAAAUGCAGACGAUUGUAUACCCAGUUGAACAGAAAAGGUUUGCUCAGUACUCCCCAGACACCAGUCUGGCUGACCCAUUCCUAGACAAGGAAUUUCCAGCAGAUGGAAUAUCUAUGCCACCAAAUUGGCAAACAAAAAAUCUGCCUAAUAAUACGCGACAGAACACAACAUCCACGAUAAGAAAAGAAAAAUUACCACGAUCCCCGAUACCCACAUAUCUCAAGCCUCCUUUCAAAAGUAUACGUGAAUCACAUGACAAGUGUCAUCAAAUGGAAAAUCCGGCAUCUGAACAGGAUGAUUCAUGGAUGAUUGUUGACAGAGAGGACACCAAGGAUGAAACUCAUCCCAAUCAAAGUCUGAAGCAAAAAUUUGGUACUGCUGAAGAAGGAAAGAGCAGUAUCAAGUCGACGUCAUCGUGUGAAUCCCUUGACAUAAACCCAGACUUUGAGGUCUUUACCCUGUGUUUAGAAGUCCUAGAAAAGGACUCACCUAUUCAACAGUGGAUCAGCUCUAUACGUUUAGAUAACACAACGUCAGAAAACGCAGAGCCUAAAAGUGACGUCCAGGUGUUUGGGGACGCAGUCACUUCGCUUCAAUCCAUGUUUAUCAGGUCUAAGAUAUCAUGGGAGAACCGGAAGCUGGAGUGCUCAAUCCCUGUGAAGGAAGGCGACAUCUUGUUUGUGAACGAGGAGAUUGAUGAACAGAUGCUGCGGGUAACCAGGGUGGAACCGUUAAGCGGCCAUCGCAUGAAAGCUGUGGGAGCAAUUCCAAACUACAAAGAAGCCCGGAAGUUCUUCCACACGCCAUGCUACUCGGAGGAGAGGGUCCAGUGUGGAUUGUCCAGGAGAGCAGCGAUCAGGAGGAAUGAAGGUAUUCCAUAUGAAAUUGUGCUUCCAUUGAAAGCGACGUCCUGCCUGCCUGUGUUACUAUGUGGGAAUGAAGCAAUCCUUCUUCCUCUUCUCGAUCUACUAGAGACCAGGUGUCAGGACUGGGCCAGAGUUUGUACAGAACCAGAAGCUCCAGAAUGGAAAGACAUGGUGGAUGAUAAAAACCACAGCAUUGUGUCACGGUGUUGCACUCAUUCCAAGGACAGAGACCUUUACAAGUUCAUCAUCAUCGGAGUGAAGCCGCUGGUCUCGGAAAACUACGAAGAAUCCAUUGAAAAAAUCUUUGGUAAAGAGCUGGUAGAUAAAUACGAUUUGUCUCAGAAGAAAAAGGAUUGUGUUCAGGAAAAAGAAACAUUCUAUCAUAAACAUGGAUUUCACUUUGACACUCUGGCUCUAAAUGACCCCAACAUAUCGGACACUUCUUCCAUGCUGGCAAUCUUCAAACAGAAAGUGGACAAGGUGCAAGACAGUAUAUUCUGGCUGAAUGUUCAUUUUAAAUAAAACCACCAGGUCUGUACCUGGUUAUAGCUGUAAACAUUAUAAUAUAACUGUCUCAAAGUUCAAGACAGUAUAUUCUGGCUGAAUGUUCAUUUUAAAUAAAACCACUUGGCACGUAUCCUGGGUAUAGCUGUCAACAAUAGUUAUUAUAUAAUUGUCUCUUAAGUGUAAGACAGUAUAUUCUGGCUGAAUGUUCAUUUUAAAUAAAACCACUUGUCACGUAUCCUGGGUAUAGCUGUCAACAAUAGUUAUUAUAUAACUGUCUCUAAGUGUAAGACAGUAUAUUCUGGCUGAAUGUUCAUUUUAAAUAAAACCACCAGGGGCCUAAUUCACAAAGGUCUUUUAGGCUCUGUUAGAUAACAAAGCAUUCUCUUUGUAAGUCUUUUAGCAUUGCACUGCGAGAUCGCAAAGUUGCGAGAGUUUAGUGAAUUAGGCCUCUGGUCUGUACCUGGGUAUAGCUGUAAACAUUAUAAUAUAACCGUCUCAAAGUUCAAGACAGUAUAUUCUGGCUGAAUGUUCAUUUUAAAUAAAACCACUAGCCAUGUAUCCUGGGUAUAGCUGUAAACAAUGAUUAUUAUAUAACUGUCUCAAAGAUUAUUUUAAAUCAUUUAAAAUAAAAUCCAUACUUAGGACUAUUGACAUUUGCUAUAUAUACAUGAAUUUUUUAUUUUUUUUUGCAGAAGGUGUAUUUUAAAUAAAAGCCAUAUUUGAGAAUACUGAUAUAUGCUAUACAAUGAAACUCCUCAAGACCGGACCCUCUCUAAACCGGAAUUCUCUCAAAACUGGACAUUUUCCAUGGUCCCAUGAUUUAUGCAUCUUUUAACACUAAAGUUUACCUCUCUUAACUUCUCUUAAACUGAACACCGGAUGAAUAAUUCAGUCCCAAAACCCUUAUUUAGUGCAAAUUGCACCUCGGAAAACUGGAAGAUCAGACUGUUAUCAAUCAAUAUGGUGCCACUAAUUGUGGUGUUUAUUGUCACUUCACCAUGUCUGGCCAGAUUAUCUAACCGCAAACAUAGCUAGUGCAAUAUGCACACGCUCAGGAUGAUCAUUAGGUGUGUAAUCACCGCUACAUAUGACUGGGUACGGUUGGCAAAUAACAAUUAAUCAAUGAAAGAUCAAGUGGCAGCUUAUGUAUUCUUCACAAACAUGUUUAAAGUUUGUUUUGAGGAUUAACAAAAUAACAAUGCAUUUAAUCCACUGUCCUUUGAUUUUGUUUUUAAAAAACCUAUUUAGUAAAAUAAAGAGUAGGCAAAAGUAAUGUUGGUUUUGCGGUGUCAAAAAAAUGUCAGUAACAUUUCAUUACCCUCUCAAUUUUCAACAUGGAACGUCCAGCUAAAUGUCACAGUAGGCUACUGAACUAUCACUCAAUAAUAAACUUAGUCAUUAAAAGUAUAUAGGCAAAUGUUAAAAUAUCUUAAGUUUAAGUUUCUUCAUUGCAACAUUAUUUGUUUCAUCUUCAUUACAUAUAUAAGGCCGAAUAUGAAUAGGACACCUGUGGAAACAUACAACAAAGUACAACAAAAGCUUUUGUAUCAAUACAAACCCCUGAAAACAGGACACCUCUGAACACCGGAUAAAAAACUUGGUCCAGAGGAUGUCCGGUUUAGUAAAGGGGUUUCACUGUGUAUUCAAAUAUGUGCUAAUGUAUUCAGUAUUAUAUUGCAACUGAUAUUUCAUUUUAAUUAAAACCCAUGACAUUUGAGAAUGCUAACAUAUGCUGUUUUUACUAUUACAAUGUUUUUCUAAUAAUAGAGCAAUUCAUGACAUUUACUGGCAGAUUAACAUAGCCAAUUUAAUGACCAUUUAUCCUAAUCUUAUAGAAACACACAUUUACGUAGCUACCUCAAUGCUAUUUAAUAUAUAUACAAGGCAAAUAGAACUAUUUUACACUAAACUAUAUUUUUAGCUCAUACGUAAAUUUUUCAUUGUGAAAAAACCUUUUGUACACUUGUGCUACGUUUGGGCCAUGCAUGUCUCUGACUGAAUUUACAAAAGUGUUUUUCUACAUAAUGACCACAUUAAUGUUAAAACCUCUCAGAGUAUAUGGAAGCACAGAUAUUAAUAAAUAUUUGUUUAACAACAACAAAGAAGCAAUAGCUAUCAUGUGUUUUCUAGAAUACUAUACUACAAAUUGAAUAAGACUUUCAUAAAAAUUGAAGAUUUUGCUGUUCUCUAUCUAAAAGUUGGAGGAUUUUAGAAAUAAUGUGCAAGCCUUUUUUCGUGCCCCUGGCUAUCCAGGGACAAGACACGGGAGAGAGUCUUGAGAGACAUGCCUGAAACCUUAGUGGUAUAUGGGCAUGUUAAAAUAAUUCAAAGUCUAAAGGCAAGCAUUUUUAAGAUGUUCUGUACUUGGUACUUGGCUGGAGUAAUUUUCAGUUUCUGCAGAAGGAAUUGUGUGACCUGUAGAUUAUUACAUGAGUGUCAAAAAAAACAUUUAAGGGAGUAAGUUUGGCAAUCAGGGGAACGAAAAUUCAGGGGCGGAUUAUGCUUUAGGUAAGUGGUGGGGGGGGGGGGGGGGGGGGGGGUUCCGAAACAAUAUGUAAAUGUUUAUAAUUUAAAAUGAUAAAUUUUACAUGUUCAUCAAUUUAGAUCUACAAGGUGGGGUUGGUAUUUUUAGGCGAGGGGGGAGUUUCUGUGCAACUGGGAACCCCCCCCCCCCCCCCCCCCCCCCCCCAUAAUCCACCCCUGAAAUUCUCAAAUGAGUUUUACAAAUGUUGUAUGAAACUUGGCCUUCUCCAGGAAAGGUGAGUGAUCACUCCCAACCCCGUCCACACUCGCCUGGAAUGUUUUAGGAGAAUGGCAAAUAAAAAAUUUAAUAAAUUUUAUUUGAAACUUCUUGCGAUUGUGCUUCUAAUGAGAAAAAGUAGACUGCUGCAUGGUGGCAGUGGGUUUCCUCUAUCAUCAUCAGUGUGGUCCUUAACCUUACGUCCGACACCAUAUAACCAUAAUUAAAGUGUGUUGAGGGCGUCGUUAAAUAAUACUUUCGUUCGUUCCUUUUUAUGACUGCUCAUCUAAGCAUCAUUUCAUGAGUGAUCUGCAGUUCGUCUUGGCUAAGACCGAAACUAGCAAGAAUGUGUUUGUUGAUUACAUAUGAAUUUUUUUCUUACAAAUAAAGUAUAGUAUUUUCUUUCUUGUAUUGAAUUUGCCAUCAGAAAUACAUUGAUAACGUUAUGUUCACAAAACCAUAAGCUUACGAUUCUGAUAUACUAGUGACAUCACAAGUAUGCCAUAACAAUAUUGCCAUACCAUGUGUCAUAAAUAUAGUACAGUGGAACCUCGUUAGUCCGGACAGUAUGGUUAUUUAAAAAAAUGUCCGGAUUAGCGAAUUUCCGGAUUACUGAAAUGUACGUGAUGAGUAACCUCCCUUGAUUCACAAACAAAAUGAAAAUGAAAAACCUUUAUUUUUUGUCAGAACUAUAUACAUGUGCCGAACGGCAAACGUUUACAUCAAUGGUUCACAAAGUACUUCGUAAUAGCUUGUUGUCUGAUUGAACAGUUUGGUGCAAACGAGUUUUGCAUUCUGAGAACUAUAGUAGUAACAUAAUAGUAUUUUGUAUGUAACUAUUUACUGGUGUUAUUAACCCUGUGGUUAAUAAAUAUUGUUAUAACAUAGUGUCGAUAAAGACUACAUCAAACUCUCAAUAUCGGGUUUAAACCUCGUCAGCACGGGCAACUACUGGGCACCUUUUUUAGCUGCAAUUCAAUUCAGGUGGUGUUUAAUUUCCAGGUGUAUUUAAUGGACCACUAAUGUUAAGAAUUUGUGAACAAUAACACAUCUGGUUUUUUUUUUUUUUUUACUACUGUUUAAUUUUUAGAGUAUAUGGUUGUUUCAAGUCGUUAAAGAUGGUUUUCAGAUUAGUGUCCAAUGUAUACUAUAGUUUGCAAACAAUAUAAAAAAUUUCAUGUUUUGAUGUUAAAACUAUUUGUUUUUUUAAAAGGACUGUCCAAAGUGCUUUCCAGAUGAUUCAUCCUCUGGACGUUUCGUCCAUUUCAUCCACAGACAAUUCGUCCACCCACCUCGGACAAUUUGUCCAUUCAAUUACAACAUUUAGACCAAUAAAUCUAAAAUGUUAUUUCUUAGCCACUGAAAUGGUUAAUUAUUUUCGUUUUGUGGUAAACUUACUAGUAUAUGAAACAAACUAAAUUUUAGUGGCACUAUCAACUUAUUGUCUGUCUGUGUCCAUUAAUGUACUUUAUUGAUAUGCUGUCAUUCAAAUUGCUCCCGUCAAUUAGACCUAUAAUUGUGACAUACUAUUUAGAAAACAAAACUAGUAACUAAACUCUUGCUAAAUUACCAGUUCUACAUUGCGAUUGCUGUAUUACCGUACACAUUUCACCCAUAGGCGCGUAUUUGUCCACACGCUCGUACAUAAUUUUUGUUGUUUCUACUAGGAAGUUUGCAUCGGAAGAUAAUAGUCAAUGCGCACCGGAUGAAAAUUUUGUCAUUUAUGUCAAAAAUAUCAUAACGUGACGUCGUUCGAAGUAACCAACCAAUAAACAAUGAUAUUAUCUCCAUUUUGCUGCUGGGUUCCAGCCAAGUUCUAUCAUCUGUUACAUCCAUAAAAUCACAAGACAUCCUUAAGGGGUGCGUAUUGCCCCGCCCUCCCCUACAUGUAUGCAUGUGCCUUGUGGCCAAAAAUAAACAAAUAAAAAAUAAAAUAAAAUAAAUUUGUUGUCUUCUAUUUCAUUUUAUUAAGCAUCAACAUCAAAUGUGCAUUCAGCUGUAAAUGUCAUUUAUUCCGAUUUCAUUCCAAUCUUGAAAUGGCUGGAAUCAGCUGCUUUGCGGAGAUAUCACCCUGGUGGUAUUGUUCCCAGAUCUGAAACACUUCGCCUUGCCCUGCCUAGUCCUCUGCUUUGCCCUUUGCAUCCGACCCAGUCUUCCGUCGCUCACCCUCUCCAUGGUUAUUUCAACCAACUUGGCUUCCCGCAGAAGCAGAGGUACCAGCAGGUAAAAAUGGAUACCUUCCCUUGUAGCUCUGGCAUUGAUGCUUCUGUUACAACCUUCAGUGUUGUUGUUGGUCCGGAUCUGAAAAGUGCAAGAAAUAAAUUUAAAAACACUACCGGGUAUGUGGACAAUCAUAUUAUAAGCAAGAAACAAGUAAAUAAUAAUUUUAGUAAUUAUAAAUUAUGACAAUAACUAAUUCAUAAUAGAAACAAGACAGUUAUGACACCAUGUCCCGAUCACCUACGGUUGACAAACAAUUGCGGAUUUGUUUUUAUGAACUUGGUCACACUGUAACUUUAAUUCAGCACCCAAAGCGUAAUUUUAAUUAACAUUUUAAUUAACGACAACUUCCGUUGAUUUUAUAAGCUGUGAUAUAUAAAAGAAAAUCAAAGAUUCAAACCAUUACUUAAUUAUAGCAUAUUAAACAACUGAAAUCAUUUCCAGUGACUAAUUAACUCUGCCAAUGACGGCGACAUAUCACACGGCAAUCGGUAAUCUGCUCUAGCUCCGUCAAAUAUUAUAACUAUAAUAGACUAUAUCUAUCAAAUUGUCCCCAUCAUACUUGGUAACCCCCCUUCUGGCAAUGUCAGAGAUAUUGGCAUGGCAAAGCUGGUAGGUUAAGUUGCAAUCUGCACUUCUCUGGCAGAUAUUCCACUAGAAUAAAAAGUGUCCGUAUAUUUAUUUAAUCAGUGGACGAAAUAUACGGUAAAUAACUAAUACCCAAAAAAUUAUAGUCCAAGAACAAUUUGUGGAUGUGGAAAGUCGUCUCGAGUUCAACAGUGGACAAAUUUGUUUUAGUGGACGAAUUGUCUGUGGACAAAACGAAUCAUCUGCAUCCCUCCAAAGUUUGCGAUUAAUAAAGCCACUUUAUUGACUGAAAUUGUAUAUAUAUAUUUAGAUAUCUGUUCUUGUUUAAUUUAGGGCAGGCAUUGAAUUUGGGAAUUUUGAAUUAGGAAUCUGCUGGAAUCGAAAAAUGAAGUGUGGUAGUAUAGAUAUCUUUGGAUUCCAUCUCAUAAUUUUAUGUUUCUGACCCCAAAAUAAGAGAUUCAUGGAGGUGUGUUCAUUUUGCUGCUUAUAUGCAUGAUACUCACAUUUUGAGGGUGUUUUGGCACUUCCAUGUUAGUAUAAUAUAUUACAUGUAUAAAUAUAUACUGUAUAUACAUGUGUAUUGUUAAAAUAGAUGAUUUAUGAGAAAAACUUUUAACUUUUGGUUAGGAUCUUCACAUUGUUUUUAUUUUUGUGAAAUAUCUUUACAUUGUACAUGUAUUUGUUUUUGUUUGAUACGUUCACAUUAUACAUUGAUUUCCUGUUGUUUUCACAUUGCACAUGUAUUUUUUAUGAUAUAUCUUCACAUUUUACAUGUAUUUGUUUCUGUUAUAUGCCUUCACAUUGUACAUCUUGUUAUUUUUGUUAAAUGUCUUCGCACUGUAUGCUUUUGUGAAGUCUUCAUAGUGAAUUUAUUUUUAUUAUCCCUUCCAAUUUUGUUUUAGUUUGCUGUAUUAACUUGUUUUUCAAUCUGCUAGUUGCCCUCCACACCACUCCUCCCAACUAUAUUAAUAUCCAAAACAAACUGUACAAGGCUUGAAAUUGUAUUAUAGAAAACCAACAAACGGUACGGUGGGAUAUGAAAGUAUCAUAAAGUUCAAUAUUUAAACAUCACAAUGCACUUCGUGAUACAUGCAAAAGUGUUUGUAAGGUGGUUUUUAAAUUUGGUUCUCUUCCAUUAGCAACAAUAUUUAUCAAAUUAACAUUUUAUGAAUGUAAAGUUUCUUUUGGACGUCGGUGUAUAUUAACUAGCCACAUUGAUGCAUAUUCAGUAGCUUCAUUUGUAGCCAGUUAGUUUUUUUGUGUGUGUUUUUUGUGCAGUUUUGAAAAGCUUGAUAUUUUGAAUCUUCUUAACUUGCUAGAUGGAACAUCAAGCUUUGACAAAUGUUGACAAAUGUUGACAAUCUCAAACCCAGUAGUUCCAAGCCAUGUUUACACAGGAAUAUGGCAGAUCUUUAUGGGCUGAUGGACUGAAAGGGACCUGAGCUUUACCUUUUAAUCAGUUUUAUUUUUUUCAGUUUGAUGGACAAAAUUUCACCAUCAUUUGAAAUACCAAAGAUUUCUAUAAAUUGUGAAAAAUAAAAAGGGGCUGUUCAAAUAUUUUUUGUCAAAAUUAGACAACCAUCCACCCCCUUGUAAUGCCCCGUAACGCUAGACCAUACACCCCCCAAAAUAUUACAUAACACUCGGAGAUACCCUCCCCCCCCCCCCCCCCCCCAACACACAGACAAAGCAACGUGGCAAUGUUUAUUUAUACCCAUGUGUACUACGAUGAUGUCAUUAAAGUGACGUAUUGCUGUACGAUGGGAAAAAAAACCCGCGGGUUUUCAUCAUGGUUUGACAAAGACAAAUUUUGGGUUUUAAUUUACCUCUAAAAACCUACAUUAUAUAUUGUUGUCAUGGCAUGGCACGUUUAAGAGAAAACAAAAUUGUGUUACGUAAUGCUGUUCAAUACACCCCCCACCCCUUGUAACACUUGGACUUACACCCCCACCCCCAAGCAUUACGUAAUAUUUGAAUGGCCCCAAAAUAAUGUGACAUUAAUUUUGUUCCAAAGCUUUAACAUUAUUCUUUGAUUUGAACAUUUUAUUAUUUUUAUUUUUAUUAUUUUUAUUAUUCUUUAUUAUUUUAUGUAGAUUCAUAUUUAGGACAACAAUGUAAGAUGUUAAGUUUAAAUACAUGUAAAUAUGAUAAUUAUUGAGGGUUUUGCAAACUAACCAAAUGUUUGGCAAAUUUGUUUUUUGUUAAUUAAAUUGAUAUUUGGGAUUCCACAGUAAUAAGCGCAAUUUAAGUACAUGUGCAUAUGACAAUUGUGCCUGUAGAUUUUAUAGCAGACAGCUUGUAAUCAAAUAAUAAUAUAUUUAAGCUUUUUUGCCCAUUGUGUUCAUGAUGGGGAUAAUUUUUGUCAGUUAUCUCCCCCUUUCGAAUGUCCAGUCUUGUGAUGCCAUGUUCCAUUGAGCCUAGAUCAUACGAUGCGACUCAACUGGACUGUCACAUUGUGUCUUGAGCCACAACUGGUUGACACCAUACGACAGCCGUUGACUGCAACCGAACAUCUUCGGUUGUGUCAAAUGCUGUCGGGCAGACUAAAAAUCAGUAUGCUGUGUUGUAACUUUUAUUUAUUCCAAACGAUUUACAUUGAAUUCCACAAGUUAUAAAGUAACAUCAUUUGUAACAUACCGUAAUAUUUUACUUCCUGCUUUACUGGUAGUGGGCAUUUAUAAUGGGGUGACAAAACAAAUAGUAAAUUAGCACAUAACCCAUUAGUUGUUAAUCUGGAGCACAUGACCAAAAAUUCACACAAAGCGUGAAUAGCACCUGGAAUUGACAGAACACCUCUGUCUUACUAUUCCUUUCAAUAUUUCAAUCAUUUUAUGACAUUUUCAUAACCAGAAUUCAAUUAUAUGCAAUUAUUCAUUUGGUGCACAUGGACAUUUUCCAGUAGUAUAUUACAUAUAUACUGAAGGUUUUAGGCUAUUUGAGUAAUCAUAAUAUUAAUAAAGUAGAUGAAGUAGAUGAAAUAUUAAACUGAACUGAUCUACAGACUGCUGAUGUUAUGUUAUAUUAGGACUUUUAAAAAAAAUUUUUAUCACAGAUGUUAUUUGUAAACAAUGAGUAACUUUUAACCAGGAAAAAAGCUUUGUAUGCAGUGUAAAACCAAAACCAAAAAUAUUACAUAAAGAGAAAUGUUGAAAAUAUCUACUUACUGACUUAAUCAAUGUGAUUGCCUAUAGAUGUGCCUGCAUAAUAAUCAAACAAAUAUGUGUUCACCAAAGGAUACAAUGCAAUUAUGUAGACUGUUAAUUUCAGUAGAUGUAAGUAACCUAAGGGCCAAUAGACUUUUUGUUGAUUCUUUACUAAUAACAUAUUAAAUUAACAAGUUUUGAUCACAUAUGUAUUCUAUACACUGUUUCAAUAAAAUGUGACAUGUAAUGUGUGUAAAAAUUGUGCAAACAGGAUGGCUUUUUUUUUUUUUUUUGGUGCGUUUAAUUUUUCAUUACUGAAAUGGCAUUUCAUUAGGAUACAUUACACACUGGUUCAUACCAAUACUUGUAAUUUUGUUUGUCCUGAAGUGUUGUUUAAACCAUUAAGAUUAACAUGUCACAACAUUGACAUCUAAUACUAGGCUCAGGCUGUCCACGGUCGUUACAAAGUUGGCCGACUGACGGUUGUGUUGUAAUUUCCCCAACUCUCGACUUAGACAGGAGCGCUCAGAUUAACAACUAAUUGGUUACCCAGUAUAUAACGAGAAUCGAGUUGUAUGAGUGCUCGCUCGGACUAGCAACUGGACAGUUGUAGAAGUCGUAAGAGCAGAAAGUAGACCAACUUUGUGCUGGGAGUUUGUAUUAUGAGACUAGCAAUAUAAUAGAAAUAGCUGUAAGGUGGUUGGUUUUUUAAUUUUUUUAAUGAAAAAUGCUGAAAAAGUCUACUGGCCCCAAUUUGUUUUGCCGAGUACGUUUGGGUUUUAAUUUUUUUUUUUAUCUUUUGAUCAUAUUCAUAUAAUAUACUUUUGUUUGACACCCAAUAGCUGAUGUGUAUUUUUGUAUUGGGAUGUGUCAUUAAACAAUCAAUCAUUCAUUGGUACAUAGUUUUGAACAAGGUUCGAAGGCUUUCUAUGCUCAACUGUUGGAAACAAGGGGAGAUAAACCUCACUUAUUAUCCCCAUAGUGAUGUAUUGUUUUGUGUACUUGUCUUGGUGAAGGCUUUAUAUAAUUUGUGUAGUUUUAAAAUUAUAUUAUGUAACAUUUUGCAAACCAAAUGUUUUUCUCAAUCUUUUGAGACUUGCACAAAACUAACAAUCAUAUUAAAAAAGAUAUAUAUUUUAUAGAUGAAACUGUUUUUAUUGUUUUAUUGAGAUUUGUUUUAUUGGACUGAUUGUGUGGAAAAUAAUGUGCAACUUGUAUACAAUUACUUAGUAUGUUUUUAUAAAUGGGUGUGGGUGAUUCGCUUGCAUUAUACUGUAGACAUACAUGUAUAUAAAACUUUGAAUACCAUUUAAUUUUAGUGUUUAUUUAAAAGGAUUCUAAAUUUUAAAUUCAUUCCUGUAGGGUAAAAAGAUUAUUAUAAAAUUAUUGUCCAAUUACAAGUACAUACAUAGGUUGUUAAAAAACCCCACAAAAAUCUCCCCACCAAAACCAUAAACACAAUUUUUCAUUUUUUGUUUGUUUACAAUAUUUAUUUUUGUUGCUACAAAAAAACAUUAGUGAUGUCAAUAUUAUUUUUAUUACAAUUAUUUUACUUAACACAUAAUACUGGAUCAAGAAUUUGUAAGAGUUUAAUUGCCUUACUUCAGUAGUAGAUCUAUAAAUAAUACAUAUAUUUUACAAAUAAACACUUAUGAAUCAAGAAUGUUCAACAGUUUGUUUAAUUGCCUUACGUCAGUAAUAGAUAAAAUAAUUAUACCGGUGUUGUAUACAUGUAUUUUACAGAUGAACACUUGUGUUAACGGGUAAAUAAAGUUCCACCUGUA